AGCUCCAGCGCCUCCGCUUCCACCGCGACCAGCUCCGGCUGCUGGUCCAGCCUCCAACUCUACCGUGACCUGCUUCUGCUCCUGUUCCAGAGAGAAUCGGGAAAUUGCCCCCCCAAUCUCGAUAACUUUGCUCCAUUUGGGUUUCCGUAAAUGGCUGCAGCUUGUGAAGUCACGCCCGCUGAGUUCUUAAAGGGCAGUAGUCGUCAAACCUUGUUUCUGCAGAAAAUUUCAAAUAACCGUAGAAGCCAACUGCUAUGGGGCACGCUUCAGAGUCAAAAGCAAAUAAUGAGUGGCAGAAGGCGGUUUUCUAUGAGAUGCAAUGCUCAGGCAAACCCCAACGCUGUUGUCUCCAACUACAAGAGUACGGCUGAUAAGCAAUCGGGAUUAAGUGAAAAGCCUGCCAAGGAAGUCAUACAUUUCUUCCGUACACCAUAUAUUCAAGAAAAUGCAACAGCUGAGCUUCUCAGAUCAGUUCAGACCAGAAUCUCAAACCAGAUUGUUGGAUUGAAGACUGAGAUGUGUUUCAAUAUAGGGCUCGACCAAGACCUUUCAGCUGAGAAGCUCAGAGUGCUCAGGUGGAUCCUCCAAGAAACGUACGAGCCCGAGAAUCUGGGAUUGGAGAGCUUCCUCGAGAAGAAGAAGAAGCAGGAGGGUCUGAGCUCAUUGAUUGUCGAGGUUGGAGCCAGGUUGUCAUUCACAACUGCUUGGUCAACUAAUGCAGUCUCGAUCUGUCAGGCUUGCGGUUUGGAUGAGGUGACCCGAAUGGAAAGGUCAAGGAGGUACUUGUUGUACAGCCAGGUCCCACUGACUGAUCAUCAGAUUGAUGAAUUUGCUCAGAUGGUCCAUGACCGUAUGACUGAGUGCGUAUACCCUCAGAGGUUGACUUCCUUUGAGACUAGCAUGGUUCCGGAGGAAGUUCUAUUUGUUCCUGUAAUGGAGAAGGGUCGGAAGGCAUUGGAGGAGAUUAAUGAGAAGAUGGGCUUAGCCUUUGACGAGCAGGAUUUGCAGUAUUACACGAGGUUGUUCGUGGAGGGGAUCAAACGAGACCCAACGACUGUAGAGCUGUUUGAUAUUGCACAGUCUAAUAGUGAGCACAGCAGGCACUGGUUCUUCACAGGGAAGAUGAUCAUUGAUGGGAAGCCCAUGAGCAGGACCCUCAUGCAGAUAGUGAAGAGCACUUUGCAGGCGAAUCCUAAUAAUUCUGUCAUCGGUUUCAAGGACAACUCCAGUGCUAUCAGGGGGUUCCUCGUGAAACAGCUCCGUCCAGUUCAGCCUGGGUUGACAUGCCCAUUGAGUGAAACAUAUCGGGAUCUUGAUAUCUUGUUUACUGCUGAGACUCAUAAUUUCCCAUGUGCGGUUGCGCCAUACCCUGGUGCAGAGACAGGUGCCGGGGGUCGUAUCAGAGACACCCAUGCGACGGGCAGGGGCUCUUUCGUAGUUGCAGCCACAGCUGGAUAUUGUGUUGGUAACUUGAACAUGGAAGGGGCCUAUGCUCCAUGGGAGGACCCGUCAUUCACCUACCCCUCGAAUCUUGCCUCACCACUUCAGAUCCUAAUUGAUGCUAGCAAUGGUGCUUCGGAUUAUGGGAACAAGUUUGGGGAACCUUUGAUCCAGGGCUAUACUCGUACUUUCGGCAUGAGGCUCCCUAGUGGGGAGAGACGAGAGUGGCUCAAGCCAAUCAUGUUCAGUGGGGGAAUCGGGCAAAUUGACCACAUCCAUAUCUUGAAAGGAGAGCCAGAGAUUGGGAUGCUGGUGGUGAAGAUUGGCGGGCCUGCAUACCGUAUUGGCAUGGGAGGAGGGGCUGCAUCAAGCAUGGUUAGUGGGCAGAAUGACGCUGAUCUCGAUUUUAAUGCAGUUCAACGAGGAGACGCAGAGAUGGCCCAAAAACUAUACCGCGUGGUUCGUGCUUGCAUUGAGAUGGGGGAAGAUAAUCCAAUCAUCAGCAUUCAUGAUCAGGGAGCAGGAGGGAACUGUAAUGUUGUCAAGGAAAUAAUUUAUCCCAAGGGUGCUGAGAUUGAUAUCAGGGCUAUUGUUGUUGGGGACCACACAAUGUCAGUCUUGGAAAUAUGGGGUGCUGAGUACCAAGAGCAGGAUGCUAUCUUAAUCAAGCCUGAGAGCCAUCACCUGUUGGAGUCAAUCUGUGGAAGGGAGAGGCUUUCAAUGGCUGUAAUUGGGACUAUAAGUGGAGAUGGGCGGGUGGUGUUGGUUGAUAGCACAACUAUUCAGAAGAACAGUGAAAGUGGGCUGCCUCCCCCUCCUCCUGCUGUGGACCUGGAGCUCGAGAAGGUCCUUGGGGACAUGCCUCAGAAGAGCUUUGAGUUCAACCGGGUGGUCGAUGCUCGGGACCCACUUGACAUUGCUCCCGGGAUCACUGUGCUGGAUGCUCUGAAGAGGGUGCUGAGGCUCCCGUCUGUCUGCUCCAAGCGGUUCUUGACCACGAAAGUGGACCGCUGUGUCACAGGCCUUGUGGCCCAGCAGCAGACUGUGGGUCCCCUGCAGAUCACACUUGCUGAUGUGGCAGUAAUUGCUCAGACUUACACUGACCUCACAGGGGGAGCAUGCGCAAUUGGAGAGCAACCCAUUAAAGGGCUCCUGGAUCCGAAGGCAAUGGCAAGGCUGGCAGUAGGAGAGGCCCUGACGAACCUCGUUUGGGCGAAGGUCACUUCCCUCUCCGAUGUUAAGGCAAGUGGAAAUUGGAUGUAUGCCGCCAAACUUGAUGGGGAGGGGGCAGCUAUGUAUGAUGCUGCCGUCACUCUAGCAGAAGCAAUGAUCGAGCUUGGGAUUGCUAUUGAUGGUGGGAAGGAUAGUUUGUCAAUGGCAGCCCAUGCUGGAGAUGAGGUGGUUAAAGCCCCGGGGAAUCUCGUGAUCAGCGUCUAUGUGACCUGUGAUGAUAUCACGAAGACUGUUACACCUGAUCUGAAGCUCGGUAACGAUGGGGUCCUGCUGCACAUUGAUCUGGCGAAGGGGAAGCGGCGAUUGGGUGGGUCUGCUCUGGCUCAGGUGUUUGAUCAGAUUGGAAAUGAUUGUCCCGAUCUUGAGGAUGUACCUUACCUGAAGAGAGUGUUCGAAGCUAUUCAGGAACUCAUCACGGACAAGAUGAUAUCUGCUGGGCAUGACAUCAGUGAUGGAGGCCUUUUGGGGUGCCUUCUCGAGAUGGCUUUUGCUGGAAAUUGUGGGAUCAACCUGGAUUUGGGCUCUCAUGGUAAUAAUUCCCUCUUCCAGACACUCUUUGCGGAGGAACUCGGUCUAAUUGUGGAGGUUAGCAGGCAAAACUUAAGUGUUGUACUGGAGAAACUUAGUUCUGCUGGUGUUUCGGCUGAGAUGAUAGGCCAAGCGACCUCUGAGCCUGUGAUUGAUGUGAAGGUUGAUGGGGUGUCUCAUUUGAAAGAAGAGACUGCUGCACUGAGAGAUAUGUGGGAGGAGAUGAGCUUUAAACUCGAGAAGCUUCAAAGGUUGGCUUCGUGCGUGGACCAGGAGCAGGAAGGCUUGAAGUAUAGGCAUGAACCCAGUUGGAAGUUGUCCUUUACACCCUCUUUCACUGAUGAUAAGUACAUGCUUGCAGCUUCAAAGCCCAAAGUUGCUGUAAUUCGAGAAGAAGGCAGUAAUGGAGAUCGGGAAAUGUCUGCUGCAUUCUAUGCCGCUGGGUUUGAGCCUUGGGAUAUUGCUAUGUCAGAUCUUCUAAGCGGGUCAGUUUCCUUGCAAGAUUUUCGAGGGAUCGCUUUUGUUGGGGGGUUCAGUUAUGCUGACGUGCUCGACUCUGCAAAAGGGUGGUCUGCCUCAAUUCGGUUCAAUGAACCACUCCUGAACCAGUUCCAAGAGUUUUAUAGGCGGCCUGACACUUUCAGCCUCGGGGUUUGCAAUGGUUGCCAACUCAUGGCGCUGCUUGGAUGGGUGCCGGGGCCUCAGGUUGGGGGCGUGGACGGUGCUGGUGGGGACCAGGCACAACCACGGUUCAUACACAAUGAGUCGGGCCGGUUCGAGUGCCGCUUCACAAGUGUGACGAUAAAUGGUUCACCCGCUAUUAUGUUAAAGGGAAUGGAAGGGAGUACCCUUGGGGUGUGGGCUGCCCAUGGAGAAGGAAGGGCCUACUUCCCUGAUGAUGGUGUCCUCGACCGUGUGGUCCACUCAGGGUUGGCCCCAUUGAGAUACUGCGAUGAUGAUGGGAGCCCUACCGAGGCCUAUCCUUUUAAUCUGAAUGGGUCUCCCUUGGGAAUUGCGGCAUUAUGUUCAGCUGAUGGUAGGCACCUCGCCAUGAUGCCCCACCCAGAGAGGUGCUUCAUGAUGUGGCAGUUCCCCUGGUACCCGAAGCAGUGGGACCUGGAGAUGGACAAGAGCAGUCCAAGCCCGUGGCUCAAGAUGUUCCAGAAUGCCAGAGAGUGGUGCUCUUGACAUUGAGUUAGAUUUGGAGUUUCAACAAUUUUGGAUAAGACAGGAUAAAAUAAUUUUCCAAGGAAUGGAUAAAGGCUGAAGCCUGGAUGUAGACCUCAUACAUUACCCCCUAAAGAGGAUGAAGAAGAGGAGAUGGAUGACCAAGAGGACAAUGCCGGCAAAGUAGGCGGACCAAGAAUAGCCCGAAGAGCAAUAGAUGGAAAAAGUUAUCAUUUCUAUCUUUCACUGUUCUCAUGUAUUUGUUGGUUAACGAACAGUACUGAGGGAUCGUGCCCUGUUUAUUUGUUCUUGAGGAUGAAAUUUAUUGUAGUUCGGGAGGUUAAUAGAUACUUAAACGAAGUAUGAUAAUGAGCUGAAUGAUGCUCCUAUGAUUAGUUGUAUUUUAUUAUUUAUGAAUUUUGUUAUCGUUCU